UUCCUCAAAUAUUUUUCGUUAUGAUGUAUCGACUAUAGAAAGGCGCAUUAGGCAAAAUUUAAAUAAUGUAUUUGUUUUCGUGAAGUCAGUGUACUUUCUGGCCAUGGACAAUGAUUGUGAUGACCAAGAUUUGAACUCUAGUCCGGAAAUACGAAGAGGUUUAUGUAAAUCUGACAAUAACGAUUCCCUAUUUCGAGAUUUAUAUCAGUUUCCUCUUUCACCAGAUAUCAAGAACUCCACACUCAAUGCCGGUGAUGGCGUUAAUAUUACUGAUGUUUCCCAACUAAAGUUUAGUCCUAUAUAUUCACCGUCUUAUAAGAGUUCAUUGGUUGACAAUAGUGGCUUUGAUCUAGUAGACUCUAAUGACACUUCCUUUGACCAUCGCUCAAGUUUAUUUGAUAAUUCUGAUGAUACGACGUAUCAUAAUGUUUCGAAAUUGAAAGGAAUACCAGAGAUUUCCAUAAGCCAAAUUCCUGAGAGUGAACAGUCUCGAAAAAGUCUAACUGGUUUUAGUGAAAACGAUGAGAUUAAAAAGCAGUAUUCUUCUGAUAUACAAAAACAGGUAACCCCAAAUCUUCUGCUAAGGACUAAAAAUUUCAUGAAGAAACACCAUGUAAGUAAUAAUUUAAGUGUUUCUUUUUAUUCGGCUACAAAACCUAGAUAACUGUACAGAAUGCUUAAAGUUAGUAGAAUUCUAUCAACAACUUCUCAUGAGUUUUUUAUUGUUCAAAUAUUACUUUCACUUUCAGUUCAUUAAAAACAUAAAACCAUCUAACUGGAUUUUCUUACUCAAAAUGUAGUACACCUGUGACUUAGACAACAUGAACCAUAUUGUGAAUUCAGUUUCAGAUAUUUACAGUUAUUAUAUGAAGAACUGUUUGAAUAAAUUUAUACAGUCGUUCUGAACAUAGAAAAGAUGAAUGAAUUUACCUAGUACAGCAAUCAUCGCAUUUUUAUUUCAGAUGAAAAUUGAUGAGUCAAAACAGGAUUUUAUGGUAAUAAUAAUUACGCGUCAACAGCGCUGUAUCAUGUUUCGGUUCUUUUCACAUAGUACUGUAAACAAUUAAUAAAGCACAGUCAUACUUGUAACAUGAGAUACAGUAUUCACCUUCCUACCAAACGUUUUUUGAUUACCAUUUUGUUUUAAUUCUCUACAGUAAGAAACUAAUGUUCUAACCAAUUUGUUUGAUAUGAUAAUGCUUAGACCAUUUUUUAAAAUAUACAUAUAAUAGGGGACAACUGUUUUGAAACCUGAUUUCAUACUACCCACUCAAUAUUAAGAAUAAAUAACAUUUGGGAUAAACGAAAGUAUCCUAAGCUGAUUUGUAUAUGUGGUACAAAGUGUAUGAGUUUGCUGAAAAAAUUGAUUUUUGCUUAUUUUAUUAGAGUUGCAUUGAUACCCCUCCAGCUCAUUGGAUAUCAGCACCAGUGGCCUUAACACCAAAUCGUGAUCUAGUUCACAGUUGUUCUUCCAUAGAGAAUGAAGUUUGUUUUCUGGUUAAUCAAGUACAGAGUACAGACUUUAUCACUUCAGUACAAUAUGCUCCGAAAUGUUAUAUAAAAUCACUUGAUUACACACCUUCAUUUAGAACACCAUUUAAUGAGAUUGAUAACCCACCAAAACUACCGAAAUUCGAAGAUAACGUAACUGCUACAGUGAGUGAAGUGCGUACGUGGAUAAACAAAAUAAUUGACGACAGCUAGUUAAAAUCCAUCACAGAUAUGAAGAUCAUAAUAUAUAUAUAUAUAUUUGGAAUUGAUCCAUUAGAAGACUGUGCUUACUGGUUUCUUCUUUUUAGUAAAACGAACUUAAUAUAAUAUUUUGUGCUGAAUUUAAUUUGCUUUUAUUGUUUCUUACUACUGUACUUAAAAGUGGGAAGUGUGAGUUUU